AUGGAAUUACUAGAAUUACAAAUUGUUCAGCAAAACCGUAUCAGUCGUGAAAAAAUCAAUGUAUUUACUGAAAUAAUUCUUAAGAAUAAGGCAAGUACCAAUGAAUUUUAUACCAGUAAUCUGACAAAGCUUAGCAAGUUACUAACAGCGUUCCAUGCUACGCUUGUGACAGUGCUUGCCGUUCUGGCAUGCUUCCUUGGACCGUGGCCUUUCACGGACCCUGGUGGUCCCAACACAACUUUACAAUGCGUUGUGCUUGUUACAAGUCUUGGCUAUUUUAUAUUUGACUUCAUAUGGUGCCUUUAUCAUCAGACAGAAGGUGCUACCAUGCUUAUUCAUCAUGCAGUAAGCAUCAUUGCAAUUAGCCGAGUACUAAUGAAAGGUGUGUCUGGCACUGAAGCUGUGGCGGGGGUUGGUGGAUUGGAAAUUACUAAUCCUUUGCUUCAGGCAAGAUGGUUUCUUCGUUCUUCUGGUUACAAAGGUACUGUUGUGUUUUACUUAACAGAAAUUACCUUCAUGCUGACGUUUUUUGCUAUGAGAAUAAUUCUUGGAAGUUAUCUCUUCUUUGCUGUUGUCUCACAUCCACAGCCAGAUUUCGAAAGUAAAGUAUAUUGCACAGCAUUUUAUGUGCUGUCAUGGGUAUUUAUGAUAUACAUUUUACAAUACUUCAGAAUGAAAUAUUUGUCUUUCAGUCUGAACACAAGCAAAGAGUGA